UUCAUUCAUACUUGGAGUUGGACGGUUCCAACAUCCUUUGUUUACUCAAAAAACAGAGACACACAGAGAAAUGGUUCCCUGGAACUCAUUUCCAUUAGAAGUGAUCUACCAAGUAUUGGGAUGGUUAGCUUUCCUUUCAUGGUCAGUUGCUGGCUAUCCACAACUCAUCUUGAAUUUUCGUAGAAAAAGUGUUGUGGGAUUAAGCUUGGAUUAUGAGAUUCUGAACUUAACCAAGCACUUCUCAUAUCUGAUAUACAAUGCUUCCCUCUUCUUUGUCCCUGCUGUUCAGAAGCAGUAUUUUGAGAAGUAUGGUCAUGGCCAGAUGAUUCCUGUAGCUGCUAACGAUGUUGCAUUCUCCACUCAUUCAGUCAUAGUACAUCUAAUUAUAUUGUCCCAAAUUGCAAUGUUUGAACGUGGAAGUCAGAAGUUCUCCAAGUAUGCCAUUGCAAUAGUUGUUGUGGUGUGGUUUAGUGCUGCUAUUUGUUUUUUCAUAGCAUUGCCUAGCCAAUCUUGGCUUUGGCUAAUCUCCAUCUUCAACAUAAUUCAAGUAGUUAUGACCCUCAUCAAAUAUUUUCCCCAGGCAUUCAUGAACUUCUUGAGAAAGAGUACAGAUGGAUUUAGCAUUGGCACUAUUCUUCUUGAUUUUUCUGGAGGGAUCUUUAACUAUUCACAAAUGGUUGUGCAGUCCAUAGAUCAAGGUUCCUGGGUGAACUUCUAUGGAAACAUUGGGAAAGUGCUUAUAUCCUUGGUAACCAUAUUCUAUGAUUCUAUUUUAAUGUGCCAACAUUAUGUACUAUACCCUGAGAACAAGAAAGGGCUAACUUCUAAAAAUUCCGAAGAAAUCAAGCAGCCACUAAUCAGUGCAAGUCCAAUAGAUCAACAAAUCAAAGGUUCACUUAAAUCUUCACAUCAGUCUCCGGCAGAAUUAUGAGGUGUAUAUAACUUGGAUCAUGUGGCGUGCAGAUCCAUGUAAAAAAUAGUCAUCAAAAAUGGUUUUAAUUGGAUCUCAAUGAUUAAUUCUUUAAAAAAAUGUAAUGUGCAAUAUCAAAUAUACCAUGUCCUUAAAUCACGCACUAUAAAUGUAUCAAUGGAUGGCAAUUUAGCAGCCUCGUCGUUACCACAACUAUGUAAAAUCGUAAAUUAAGCAAGAAUGUAUAGUUUUAAUUAAAAAGAA